AACGACAAAGAGGAGAAACAGUCAAAAAUUUGGUACUAUCAAGAUCGAUAUAAGGAGACUCCCAAGAAAGAGAUAGAAUUAGGAAUGGAUAAUAAUUCAUCCUACAAUAGAAUUUAUACUACUCCAGAUCUUUCUUUAGUAAUUAAAAAUCUUAACAGUACAGACGCCGGAAUUUAUUUAUGUCAUGGUAAAGAAGGCCAGGAAGUUGAAAAUAAAUUUAAUUAUAGAAUUGAACCAAUUUUCAAGGAACAUGGAGUUGUAUAUGUCGAACAAGGAAAUAUUACUGAUUGGGAAAAAUAUCGUGAAAUAUACUUAGCAUCGGUUACCAUGCGAUUUGCCAUUUCACAAAUGUCUGAAUUGGCAGAAAUUCGAGAAGUUGGAAUAAUACUUCAAGUCACUUCUGAAUGGGCAUCUUGGAGCCCAUGUGAACAUUGUAUAGAUAAUCGAGGAUAUAGAUCAAGUUUUGGAAAUUGUCGAUUAAAACGAAAGAUAAAUAUGACUAUUGCGAACAAGAGUGAUUCAUCUAUAGUUAAAUUUUUCUUAAAAUCAUCAUCAUUACCGUGCAAAUCAAUUUUACUCGAAGAAAAAUUUCCUAGCAUUAGUAGCGCGGUGCGCCAUUUGCCGGAAUUUAUUUUAAAGGAAACGUGUAAAAAUUGUCCUCGUGUAAAAAAGAAAAAAGAUGAUAGAUAUAAACAUAUCAGACGAUUCGUACUCGCAGAAGGAGCUUAUCUUACAAUCAUUUGUCCAGAGGCAACUCUAGAUACGAAAGUAUCAUGGAAAAAGGAUGCGAUUACAUUGGAAAAGGGUGUUCGACGAUCCUCUCGAAAAUUGGAUCCAGAAGCUCGAGUGAUAGUAGAUGCCUUUGGAACGCUCUAUCUGAUAGAUGUUUCGACUGAGGAAGAAGGAAACUACACAUGCUAUGUUAAUAACGUAAAUAUGUUGCAAGUAAAAAUCAUCGUUAUUUCUAAAGCUAGAUUACUAACACAAGAAUUUUUACGUCAUUUAGGAUAUUUAGGAUUCAUAUUUCUACUUUGCUCGUUUUGUUACUGCAGUGGUUUAGUUUAUACGUAUAGAAACAGACAUAAAUUCGAGCAAACUGUUCCGAAAGAGGAUAUAUUUAAACACGAAGAAGAAUUACCACUUAUCGGUUAAAAUCCGU